AUAUUGUUUUAAUUUUCAUGGCCAUCGAUGCCAAGCUUUUAAGUUUCUAGCUUCUCGUUAAUCUUGUUUACUAUAAUCAAUGGAAGAACUCAUGGUGUGCGUGGAAACCGUUUAUCCGACCCGGCCGUUCUCAGGGUCCAUCAGCUAAUCACGGAUGGGGAAAAAAAGUUAGUCGAAAAGAGUAACGAUGGAUGAAACAUGUGGUGAUGCUGAAGGAAAAGCAGGAGGGGGAGGGGGAAUCGAAGAAGAUAUGGAGGUGGGUGAGUGCUCAGAGGAAGAGGAGGACGAGGAGGAAGACAUUGACUUAGGAUCGUCGCCCAUCACUGACCAGUCCACAGUGAUGAUGAGCAUGACAUCCCCUGUGUUCGCUCACACAGCUCCCACUGCUUAUGAAGGUUUAGCGUCACCACUGCGUGUAGUGUCAGGGGCAGCACUAACAGGAGGGAAACCGGUUGUAGGGAUAAAACGAGGGCCUGGCAGGCCGAGAAGCAGAGGAGGCGGUGCUACUCCUGUUGUCCGCACGAAGAAGGUGGUCGGACCUAAGUUGAAAAGAUGGAAAGGUCAUGUUUGCAGAUUGCUUGUUUCCGGUGUAUAUGGCAUUAAUAAUGGAAAGCAACCUGGGGAAGGUGAAGAUGAAAGCUCUUCACCUGUACACCCAUCAACACCUGUUGAUCCAGUUAAGACGCCCAUCUUUGUUGAUGAGCCUCUUUUUGAUGAAACAUGGCCCGGAAAAGUAUGUGUGUUGUGCAAUUUGACAGAGCAUAGUCAGUUGGGGCAAGGCAAGAUGUGCCGAGUAGAAUGUACAGUAGAAGAACUCCCUAAAGAAUUGCCCAAAGAACUGCUAAUGAGCCCUCCAGAAACACCGCCUUUGGACUCUACAAGCCCAAGGCAACCUUUUCAAAACCGAAGGCAAAAAGGCGCAUCCAAAUUUAGAAAUGCUGGUGGUGGAGGCCAAGAGCCGGUUGAUGAAUUGAGCCUAGUUGGACAUAUAGAUAUACCUGAGCCAACAGCAAUAGUCGAUUCGGGUUACAUAUACGUCCAUGAAUGGUGUGCGAUGUGGUGCACUGGGGUAACAAGAAAGGGCAUUUCUUCUUUUAACAACCUCCCAGCCGGUGUGAUGGCAGCAGUGAGCAGAAGGUGUUACCAUUGUAGUCGAUAUGGCGCAGGUAGUCCUUGCAUCAUCCCAUCCUGCAAUAAGCAUUUCCACACUCCGUGUGCCGCAGCCGCUGCCACAUUCCAACAUCCCAAGACCCUCACUUUGAUCUGUAGUCAACAUAUUGAUCACAUUUCAAAAACACCUUCUUUGUCAGAUGUUGAGUGUCAGUCAUGUCAUUCUUUAGGAAAUGUAAAUAAUCUAGUGAUGUGUUCAAUGUGCGGAAGUCAUCAUCAUGGAAUAUGUAUAGGAAAUGCUUUACAGCCAGGACUUAGAGCAGGCUGGCAAUGUGCAGAAUGCCGAAUUUGUCAACUCUGUCGACAGUCUGAAGACACGAAUAGGAUGUUGGUAUGCGAUUCUUGUGACAAAGCGUACCACCCAUCCUGUGUGCGACCAGCUAUGUCUUCCGUACCUAAAGUUGGUUGGAAGUGCAAGAGGUGCAGAUUGUGUAGUGACUGUGGUGCCCGUACUCCAGGGGGCGGUCUGUCGUCUAGGUGGCACUCAAACUACACAGUUUGCGAUUCGUGCUAUCAGCAGAGGAACAAAGGGUUUUCUUGCCCCGUUUGUCAUAAAGCAUAUAGAGCAGCUGCUUUGAGGGAGAUGGUCAGAUGUUCUCAAUGCCACAGGUUUGUACAUGGGACGUGUGAUAAAGAGGCAGAUUUUGUUAGUUACCAAAGGAAAAAAGAAGCGCAUCCUGAUUAUGAAUAUAUCUGUCUGUCCUGUAAAAACAAUAGCACUGUACAUUACAUGAAAAGGAAAGACAGUACUGAAGAAGCAGUUAUGGACUCAUCACUCAGUGCAUCUCAAGAAUCUCUUAUGGUAAAUGAAGAUAUUGAUUUAGAUUCUGAAAAGUCUGAUGAUGGUCCUCUGCGAGUAACAAUAGGCCUGGGGAAAGGCAAGCCGUUUUGUGCGUCAAAACUGGCGAAAAAACGGCUAGGCUUGGGAGUGGGCCCAGGUAGGCCAAAAGGUAGUGGGAAAAUGUCAUCCCUCACAUCGUCAUUGAGCCACUACCAGAAAAGGCUUCGGUUUGCAGACUUCGGCAGGAAAAGAGGAGCAAAAUCAAAAAUGAGGGGACUCUUUGGCUAUCCCGGGCUUGGUCUUCAGCGACCACUGCCUGAUUCUUCCGUUAAAAGCGAGGAAGAGCCUGGUGUCGAAAACAAGCUUGUCCUGUGCUCGUCCAAGGAUAGGUUUGUUUUAGGGCAGGAUAUAUGCGUCAUGUGCGGUUCUUUGGGCAUAGAACAGGAGGCCUGUCUGAUCGCGUGUUCACAGUGUGGCCAGUGUUAUCAUCCAUAUUGUGUUUCUGUUAAGGUUACCAAAGUGAUGUUACAAAGGGGUUGGCGGUGUCUGGAUUGCACUAUUUGUGAAGGGUGUGGCCAAAGGAACGACGAGGCGAGAUUGAUCCUAUGUGACGAUUGUGAUAUUUCCUAUCAUAUUUAUUGCAUGGACCCACCUCUUGGGUCUGUGCCAACAGGAGGAUGGAAGUGCAGAUGGUGUGCACAUUGUCAAACGUGUGGUGCUAGUUCUCCUGGUGUGAAUUCGGACUGGCAGUCAAAUUUUUCACAAUGUGGAGCUUGCGCAUCACGAACAACGUGCCCUGCAUGCCUGGAAUUAUAUACGGAUGGAGAUCUCAUUAUUAAAUGCAUCACCUGUGAAAGGUGGUUGCAUUGCUUCUGUGAUACUAUUAAUACUGAACAAGAGGCGGAAGCGUGUUGCGCUCAGGGUUAUACCUGCGUUUUAUGCAGGCCGAGCAAUGUCGCUCUCGUUCUCCCUGCAACACCUGUGCGAGUGCCUUCACCCGAAUACACACCUGAUGGAAAAUCAUCAAAUGAUUAUUAUGUUGAUGGUAUUUGUUUAUCGGAAUGUGGUCUGCAACAUAUUAAAAACCUUUCCCUGGAAAAUAACAAUCAACCGGUGCGGCGGAAAAGGCCUGGCUUUAAAAGACCCCAGGAUAAUGAUAUUCUGGGGGGCCUUGAUUCUAUAAAUGAUCCUGACAAUGAAAAUAACUCAAAUACUGUUUAUAAAGAUGGAAUGAUAUGGGGCUCAAAAGACAGUGGGCCAGUUUUGAGUCCUCCUGAAGGAUUUUCCCUCUACACAAAGGAGAGUGGAGUUGUUGUUUUAAAACGCAAGAAACAAAGAAACUUGCAAAAGCUAGGAAUUGGAGGGUUCUCAGCUGUUAAAAUGCGAAGCUCAAGGUUUAAAGAUGAUGAAGAAGGCUCAACACACCCUUUUGCAGAAGAUAAGCCAAGAAGGAAACCACGCUGCAAUAAAAAACGAAGUAAAUUGGCUGAAACCUAUCCAUCAUAUUUACAGGAGGCAUUUUUUGGACGCGAGUUGUUGGAUAUAACCAAGGAGUCAACUCAAGAAUUAGAAAGCAGUAGUGACGAUUCUGACGAAGGAAAAUCUAAUAAAGUUAGCCAUGACAAGACUAUCACAUUAUCACAGGAUGAAUUAAAGGUAAUGGCCGAAGUCAAAGCCAAGCAAGAGAAAAUUUCUGAUAAAAACGAAGAUUUUGACCCUUCAAACUCAUCUAAAAUAUCAGUAAAGGAGGAGGACGUGAGUGAUAGCGAAGGAUUGAAAGACAUACUCCAUUUAUCUGAUAAUUUACUCCCUAAUGAUCUAGUCAAUACUAUAAUGAAUGAAAGGGAUGGAAUUAAAACAGAGAAUUUAAUAGGAGGAUCCUCAAAUCAGCAUGACUCUCAAAACCAAAAAGACGAGUUGUCAGAAAUACUUGGCCCACACUUUAGUAUAGAGUCGAUGGUCAGGGAAACUGGAUUACCGAACAUGGACUCCAAAGACGUCGAGGAAAUAUUCAAAGGGGUUUUAACAGAUGAAUCUCAAGAAUCGCAAAGUUCAGGCGCUUUCCCAGCACGGGGACCGACGCCCGGGACUCCCUCUCACCCUCAAAUGUCCCCACAACAAGGGACGUUGCAGAGUGGCAUGCAUUCUCGAACCCCCAAUUCGCUCACUCCUUCAGUCCAUACCAACUUGUCUUCCCCAAUUGGUUUUCCAUCUGUUUCACCAUACAAUUCAGAGUAUAGCAAUAGCCCACAAUUCAGCCCAGAAGGUAGUCCUUGGGGCGGUGAUGAUAAUAGAACUUCACACAAGAUGGAAGCUGAUGAGCCUCUUGGCCAACAUGCAACAAUGGCACCUGUACUCUAUGCUAACAUUAACCAUUCAGAGUGGAAAAAAGAAUAUCCUAGUUGGAGCGAUCGUUUUAAACAGAUACUUAAAAAAUGGCGAACGUUACCAGCUGAGAAAAAAGCGCCGUUUGUUCAACAAGCGAAAGAAAACCGUUCAUUGCGAAUAAAGAAAACGCAACAGAUUGGGAAGGAGCUGGCGGAUGAAGACGCACCAAAUGGCAAGCAAGCAUCAAGUGGGAAGAGCUUUGAGGUGUGUCCCCCCUCGAAAAUACCUACAUCCGGUGAUAGGAAUUCCCCGUAUCCCGCUACUCCUCCAAGUCCAGAACAGAAAUUAGUUUCAACAGCUUCCAACACUUCACCAUUGCACUCGCCAUCUACUCAAGAGACAUUCCCAACUACAAUCCCAUCGCAUCCUUCCACGAUUCAGUACAUCCCUUUAAACACACCAGGGAUUAGGGCGACAUUUCAUAUAAUCCCGACAUCAAUCGUUACGACGACUGAGACCCCCGUCACCCGUGCGAUACAGUACCAAUAUGAGAGGAGUACGAUACAUUACCCACCGACAAAUGUCGUCAUACAAUCAGUCCCUCCUCUUAUAAUGACUUCCACUACUUCGGGACAGUCGACCGAUUCAAAAAACCUCAUACAAAUCAUUCCCACAAAAACAUCCACAGUCAGUACUGUUAUAACACAGCCUUCAGUCCGAUCACAAGUGCAAUUCAUUCAAACUGUCAAAACAGUUCAUAGCACAUCUGAAUCUGAAUCAAGAACGACUAAUACAAUUUGUUCCCCACUCUCUGAUCAGCACAUCCGUGUGUUAACUCCUUCUGAAAUUAUGCGCACACUACCCUCUUUAGGGCAAGAAACCUACGACACUCCACCUUCCACGGAACAAGACAAAACUCAAGUAAACAAAUCCACAAGGGAAGCAGAACAAGAGAGACAAUGGAAGCACAUUCAGGCUAUGAGGCAACAACAGCUUCACUCACAAGCUAGAAACCAAGUGACACGAGUGCAUCGGCAGAUAAGUGGUGAUGGGACAACCAUAGUGCAAUACCCAGAAACGUCCAACACCCAGUCCCAUUUGACUCCACAGCAACUGCAGGUGGCCACACCUCAGGAGCCGAUCACAAACAUCGCCCUCGCCUCGCCUAGGGGUCCACCUCAACAAUUUACAUCACCCCCAGGCAUCAAAACGGCCAGGGGCUUGACUCCUCCCGGUGCGGCACCUCUUUUCCCACGUAUGAUCGGCAUCAGGCCCCCGGUCAAUUCGCCGUUUUCUACUCCAAGACAGUCCACACCAGAAGAGAUGAAUCGCCAGUUGCGCGAUCUACUACAACGGCACCAAAUAAAACAAGAGGCUACACCCGAUUCUGGUCAAACUGCAGUUGCUGCUGCACAAAUAAGGCAACCUAUUGCACAAGUGAGGCCACAGUCAAUUCCCCAACAGGCUAUACAUGGAGUCGAUGGAAGAGUUCGUUUGCUUUUACAACAUCAAAGGGCUGCUUUUCCAGGUUCACAGGUUCGGCCAGCUACUAGACUCGAUCAGUUUAACCUGGUGCAACGGCCACAGCAAUUUCCUCAGAAUGCAGCUACUCCUACGACAAUAAUAAGACCCACCCACCAGAUAAUAGCAGAGCAAAGGAUCCAACAGCAAACUGUUGAACAAAGAAUUCAAGGAACAAGAGAUGGUGAGGAAAUCCCUGAUGUGGUUACUGCCGAGCUCGAAAAACUUGAGCAGGAGGGAGGUAGCAUUGCUGAGGUUGAGGCUGUGUCUGCAAUAUUCGGAGACCUUGCUGAGGACGAUGAUGAACUGCUUGCUGAAAUGGGAGCAGAUUUCAACAUCCUUGAAUAUGCCGAUCCUGAGCUGGACAACAUUUCGGGUGGGGAGAAGACUAAUAUAUUAGACGAUCUUGAAGCAGAGGUUGUCAAAAAGAAGCAAUCCCCCGUAAUCCCGAACGAGUCCAAAGACACACCAAUACGGCAGGAGGAGAACAAAACGCUGGUGAAAGCGAACCCUAUCCUGACUCAGACACAACCUGUGAGCAGAACGCCUCCAGGGCAACCUACACCUUCUCCGACAAACUCAAUCGUCGCCCCUCUUACACCACAGGCUUCAAUUCCUAGGCAACAAACAAAAACUGUGAAUAAAACGUUUAGUGCACAGUUUGCAACUCCACCAGCACCUUUACCACGAAUGCAGGUCUUGCAAAGUCAAUCUCCUCGUCCUCAACUGACAACAUCUACGAACAUUGUGGGAAAUCAAGGGCAGAAUUUUAUUCCAAUACCUGCGCCUCCUCCACCCUACCCAGGUCCACCACCUCCUUAUCCAGGACAACUCCAAUCAGGGAUUCGUGCCGGAGCCCCAAAGGUUCCCAGGCCCCCCCUCGCCCCGACUGCAGGCACUUCCCUUCCUCAAAGAAGAUCCCUCCUCCUACAGGAGCAGCCCCUACUGUUAGAGGACUUACUAGAAGAGGAAAAGCGUGAACAGGAACAGCAGUCGGUGACACCCGGCUCAGGUUCCGGUGCUUCACUCUUGAGCGAUGCAGAUUUUGAAAUGCUGACGGCCGAUGUCCUAGGGACCAACUCACGAGUUUCAAGCCCACCCCAUUGCAACCAAAAUGUACAACUUCUUAACAUCCCAGUACAACCAGCACCACCUGCCCCUCCCGAGUGCAUUGUGACUGAACAGGACAGACAGACACAGAUGCAGUACGAGCAGUGGCUGCAAACCAACAACAUCGUGUUGACACAGCAACUCAAGUAUUACGAAUCAGAGGUUCAAAAACUUCGCAAAGUACGAAAGUCCUUGAACAGUAAACAAAGGCAAUUGCGGAAAAAUGGCAACGAGUUGACCCAAAAGGAUGCCUUGGAGCUGCAGAGGGUUACAGUUGAGCAGACAGGAUUGCAGAAACAUCUUGAAGCUGCUAGAAAGCAAAGCAGAACCCACAGUAUUAUCAUACAAGAAUAUCAGAACAAACAAGACCAGAAGAAUGGUGGUGGAACCUCUACGCUUGCGGGAAGUGCACCACAUAGCGUUGGCUCUGCAUCUCCGCAGUCCCCAAGUAAUAUGAUGUCUCCUGGUGUGUCUACCCAAUCAGCGCUUCCCUCACCUCAGACAGCUGCAUCACCUUUACAUCAUAGUCCUCGAAUAGGGACACCGCAAUCACAAAGCGGAGAUGACAAAAGUGAAAAUAGUGGUAUGGCAUCACCUAGAUCCACUGCUUUAGCGCCAACACCACCUAGCCCACAUCAGUUUCAAAUUAGACAUCCAGGUAUGGUUCCAAGGUUUGCAAGAUCUCCUGAAGGGACUUUAAGGCCAAGGAUUGUAUCACUCCAAAGUCACCAGGUUGCGGGCACUACUGCAAUAUCGUAUUCCUCACCUAGAGGAUUUACGACUUCUCCUCAACCGGUGAUGUCGCCAAAUUUAUCACAGCAGGCUACAGGCCAGACUAUCAGAAUCCAAAGCAUUCAAGGCUUGACACAACAGCAGCAGCAGCUCUUGCUUCAGAAACAACAAUUGCAACAGCAAAAACAACAACUGCUGCAGCAACAGCAAGAACUGCAGGAAGUGGGCAACAUGACGAGAAGUCAGAUUGAUGGAAAUAUACAACGUCAAGUUUUACUUCGACAGGGUAUCCUUCAAGAUGAUCUGACAAAUCAGCAACAAUUGAUACUGCAAAGGCAGCAGCAGUUAGUGCAACAGAACAGACAGUUAAUAAUAGGACAAGGAAAAAUUGGACAAUUCAGGCAAAUAGUUCAACAAAAUCAGCCUACAUUUUCUCAGACAUCACAAAUGCAAAAUACAAAUAAUAUGAAUCAGACAUUCGUUUCAGGAUCAUCAAUGCCUCCAAGUCCAAUUAUAAAUCAGUCUCCUUCUCCUAUAACAUCAACGAUGAACAAUGUUCAGCAGUAUAACCCUUCCAGUUCUCCGAUGCAUCCACAGAGCCCAAUGAUUUCUCAGUUUCACUCUUCAAGUUCACCGAUGCCACAUCAAAGCCCCAGAGUACAAAAUUAUCAGACUGCGAGUUCACCUAUGACACCUCAGAGUCCGAUGGUGUACUCAGGGCUUCAGACGCCAACAUCACCAAUGCCACAAUUCAAUCAACCCAACUCGCCCAUGCCACCACACUCUCCAAGAGUACAACAGCAGUACGGACAACCCCCCAGCUCUCCCAUGAGCUCAUCUCAAAGCUCUAUGAUCCAACCCCAAUAUGUCCAUAGACCUAAUUCACCAAUGGUUCCUAUGGGGUCACCGAUGCCUAUUAGAAGGCCAUCGAGUACUGGGGGAAGCGUUGGAAACAGCCCUGCAACAGAGCGCCCUCAGAGUGUAGAAAAUCCUCGAACCCCACAGGAACAAGAGGGAAAUGGAGCAGGGGGUGGUGGUAAUCCGUACAAUCCUCACAAUCCUAUACCAUUACCUCCAGAAAUCGGAAGGAUUGGAUAUGUCAAAUUGGGAUUGCGAGGAGGAUCGCCCAUGUGGAGUGAUAAGGCAAUGCCAAGGAAGCCUUUAUUGAAAGGAAAAGUAGGCCAAUCUCUUGCCGGGACCAGCACUAACACAGAAGAUUCAAAAUCCAAAAUCAAUUCUCCAAUCAAUAAAGUUCCAAGCUUAGUAUGUGUUGAUUAUAACGAUUUUGAUGAAGAAUCUCGAACUCCUCCCAUGACUCCUCCUACAAAGCCAGCAUCUAUUAAGAAAUCAGAUGUCGGGGCUGUUAAAACCAGACAGUCUGAAGAUACUGAUUCAGAAGCAACUGUUUAUGAAGACAUUGUUUUAGUUGAGAGUUGCAAGGAAACAAACCUUGAAGUUGAAGAACUUCAGUCUGCUCUCGCUGAUAAUGUUAUGUCAACUGUUGUCUCAAUGCCCAUGAACAUUGAUCCUUCUCACAUGAUGAACGACAGUGAUAUAUUGGAUGACUGUUUAGUUUCUUCAACUGAUCUGGUCGUUUUAGACGUUGAUAAUGGUAAUAAUGAUAUUUUAAUUAUAGACAGCAACAUAAGUGACAGCCUCAAAGUUGACGAUGACAUGAUUGAAUUUGACGAAGAUAUGCCAUCUCCCCCACAUGGCCGGAAAAGAAUGGUCGGUAAGGUUCUUCCAGGUGAACCGAUUAAAGUUGAAGAAAAAAGAACAUCCGAUACUCCUGAUUCACCUGAUGACGACUUACAAAAUGAAUCUCCUGAAAUAAUUCAUAAUGAAUUGGACUCAGUUUCCACCCCUGUAGAGGAAAAAUCUGAACCAUUUAAAACUAUUGAAGAAGUCAAGAUUAAAAAACCAGAAAUAAUAAAAAUUUCUGACAAUUUACAGUCUUCAGAACAUGACAGGGUCAUUUCUACAAUACAGCCCAAUGUUGUUGUUUCAAGAAAUUCUGUAACUUUUACACCCGUCAGCACUCAAAAAUCAAUUCCCAUCUGUUCUGAAAGAAGGUUAAGCAUCCAACAGGCGACAGUUGCGAGCUUAGUACAAGGAGCAGUAAAUGCAGCUGCUAAAUUUGCUGCCGAAACACAAAACUUCCAAAAGACUAAUUCCAGUAUUGAAAGCAUUCAGGCUAGUUCUAAUUCCGUUGUGACUUCCCACUUUAGCAGACCGGUUAAUGUAAACGUCUCUACGCCUUCAGUACGAACAUCUACAACCAGCUACCUCAAUCAGGUUCUUUUUGGAACAAAAAGUGAUAACCAAGAAUCAAACGAUAAAAAGGAUCUUCAAAAUUUUAAGAAAGACCAACAACCUUCUGGAGCUAUAAAAGCUGUUGUUGACCCAAAAACAUUCCAGCAUGAAAAUGGUUCUAAUAUGAAGCUCAUGGAUAACAACAGAUUAGCAGAACUAUUGAACAAAAACGAUGGUACCAACUUGAAAGACAAGGAGAAAUUAUGGAACAUGACAGUCAAAAGAGAUGUGACAAAGACAAAGAUUGAAAACUGUAAUGAUGUAGAAGAUAAUUCAAUGAAACAAAAGAAGCUUAACGAGCAAUUUGAAAUGCAAAAGUUUACAAAUGAGCACAAUGAACUGCAGAAAAAGACAGCGAUCAGAUUGAAUAUAAUAGAGAAUAAAGUUGAUACCAGUGAAAAGAACGAUGUAAAAACUGUGGACAGAUUAAAACUUAUACAGUCCUCCGAAAACAUGAAUUGCAAUAAAACUGAAAAUGUUAUUUUGCCUUCAGUGAGUUCUAGCAUUCUCGAAGCUCAAUUGACUACAUCAAUGUUAAGGUCUGAAAAUUCCAAUCCACAGUAUUUUUAUGCCAUUGUCAAUCACAAUGUACCAAAAGAAAUUAAAAAGGAAGAUAGAAACAUGAAUGACGAUUUAAGGGUAGAAGGCUUAGCAGCUCAUUUACAACGCACUAUAAAAAACGAAGAACUAAAAAAUGAAAAUGAAAUAAAUAAAAAUGCUAGAAUGCCACCUCACAUGAAUUUGAAACAUGGAAGCAUUUAUGUACCGGCUAAAAUAAAAUCUGACAACCUGGGUGGAGCGCCUCAAUAUAAAUUAGUACACACUCAACAGUCUGCUAUAGAAAGUGCAAAUGAUCUUGCAAACAAAGAAAUAAAUCACUAUAUAAAUAAAAUGAGGGAUGCCAAUUCUAUGAAUGCUCAAAGUAUGAAAUCUGAUACAGGGUCAGGUAUCUCCCACAAAUUGUCAGUAUUAGAUAAGGAAAAAAUAAUGUCAAACGACCUUUUACAACAGAGGAUUGUGUCUAGUUCAGAAAUAUCUCAAUUACUGGACAAAGAUACCCACCAUGUGAAUCUAGGUAGUGCGAAGCCAGCACAGAAAGAAGAACCGAAGAAAUUUGUUUCAUUAAGCAACAUGUUACUUUCAAGAAGGGAAAGCGAUGACAAGACUACAAGAUUGACGGUUCCGAGGUCAUCAGAAGAUUCUCAGAAUGUUUUACUGAAGCAGCUUUUACAGAAUACGGCUUGUGCGACGACAUCCCCACAGACAGCACCUUCUCUGCCGAUUGUGCCAUCUUUAGAAGAUCAACUGGCACGACCUGUACCUCCAACCCCAUCAUCUUUAAUUCCACCGGUCCUCAACGAACCUCCAAAACCUCAAGUCAUUAAGGAAAUUAUUCCGACUUCCAAACCCACGGUGCAACCCCCAACUCCGACGGAGGUACAGCAGCGUACGCCUGUGCCGUCUUGUUUAGAUGAACUGUUAUCGCCACCACACCAUCCUGUGAUUCAAUCACAAACGCCGACUGUAAUCAAAAGGGAGCCGCUUUCGUUCAGCCAGCCCAGCCCGAUAAUGACGCCCAACAUGGAGAUAAAAAAGGAGACUGUGCCAGUCAAUAUGCCUGUUGCUGUCGAGGUCAAGAAGGAAGUCAUGUCCUCUGAUGAAAUGCUUUCUCCAGGAUUCAGAAUGGAGCCUGAACAGCCCGGUGAAUCUCCCCUGCAAGAUUUAAAGAAAAUAAAAAGGAGACAAUAUCAGCAGAAGAGAAGGCAGAGUUUAGGCAAAGAAGCAGUUGGAGGGACGCCAAAGAAACGGCCAAGAAAAAGCUCAAAAGUUGAAGAAGAUUAUGAUUCAUUCAUCGAUUCGUUGAUGCACCAGCUACGGCAGACACCGGCGAUGACAAUAUGUGAACCCAACCUGACUUACAAUUUCACUGGAAGCCCUAUUGUAGGCUCUGGCGAUCUCAGCAAGGUCAACAGCUGCACUAGGUUGGGUGAAUUGCGUGGGUCUUAUGGUCAAGCAUACCUCCCAUCUGAAAAUGACCACUAUAAUACUCUUCCAUUCGGAGACUUACCUCCUAGAGCACCAACCACCCCAUCAACUCAGAGAGGGUUUUACAAUGAAGAGUUUGCCCCUUUGAAACUUCACAGCACUAAAGAUGAAUUUGAUGAUCGGAAAUAUGAUUAUAAUCGAGACCGAGACAAUGAUACUCCUGAUACCAUCAUCAGUUCUUCUAGCCCUGAAUGUGUUAUGCCUGAUUUUCCAACAAAAUUUCCAGGUUUGCAGUUCGUUGAUUCUGACGGUGAAGAAGACAAAUUCAAAUUGUCCCGUUUCUCUCCGGAUAUACCCAUCAUUUCUCCACUCAUUGUUCGACCAAAACCAAUACGAUUUUAUAGUGAUAUGGACAAAGAGAACGAAGGCCCUCCAAGCAAAAAGCACUGCGACAAUGUUACGGUGACGCUCACCCUGAGUUCUCAGGCCGCCGACGAUGUCCUCUCCGUUCUCAGGAAUCUGGCAAACGUUUUGCGAAUCCCUGUUCCCGUCCACUACAGCAUCACAGAAAGGAGCAACACGCCUCACAAACUCGGCCUUUACAAGAUCAAAGGCAAAGAUGGGAAAGAAGGAGGCCACAUCGACAUUCAGUCUAUUCUCAACGGCAAUGCAAAGUUCUGCCGUCACUGUGAUGUCGUAAUACUAAAUAAUAUUAUGAGAAAGAAGGCUUCUGAGAUGCCUCUUGUGGCAAAGCAAGGGGAAGAAGAUCUUUAUUUUUGCAGUUCCAACUGCUACAUGCAACUUGCGCUUGCCCACCCACAACCAAUACACAGUGAAAAGGCUGCUUCGAUUGUCGAACACCAUGGUGAUAUCUCGAAAAAGUCUAGAUUGGAUGCUAUUUGUGAUUCGACAAUAAUAAAACAAGAUUUUAAGAAAGAGAAACCACCCAAUGACAUUUCACCAUACAUGAGUACCAGAGGAGCUGGAAAGAGGGAUGUUAAAACUAUAGAGAAAACCAUCGUCCCAACAGCAAAGAAAUCACCAUCUCGAUAUCGUACUUGGUCGAAUAACAACAUACCUCCGCCACUCAACCGCCACAAAACACCUUCGGACAAAGAAAUGGCCGAGGUAUUAUUUAAAUCUGGAAUUACGGUGAUGCCGGUUAAACUUGAAGAUGACACUAGGGUCUGCCUUUUCUGCCAUCAAAUUGGUGAUGGUGUAACUGACGGCCCUGCAAGGCUGUUAAAUUAUGAUGUGAACAAGUGGGUCCAUUUAAACUGUGCCCUUUGGUCGUAUGAAGUAUACGAAACAACUAACGGCGGUUUAAUGAACGUCGAAUCUGCCUUACAAAAUGGAAUGACGGCGCAUUGCGCUUAUUGUAAUACAACCGGUGCAACUCUUAAGUGUUAUAAAGUGAGGUGUUCACUCGUCUACCACCUUCCUUGUGCCGUUAAGGACCAAUGUGUUUUCUACAAAAAUAAGACUUUACAUUGCAAUAGCCAUGCUCAGAAAAACGAAAAGGAAAAUGAACUCACGACCUUGUCAGUGAUGCGCAGAGUGUAUAUCAAUCGGGACGAAGGCCGCCAGGUCGCUUCAGUCAUGCACCACAGUGAACAGACGAACCUUUUAAGGGUCGGUUCUUUAAUAUUUCUAUCAGUCGGACAGCUCUUACCUCACCAGCUACAAGCGUUUCACACUAAAAACUACAUUUACCCUAUUGGUUACAAAAUCUUGAGAAUGUAUUGGAGUAUGCGCAAUGUAAAUAAGCGGUGCAAGUACUUAUGUUCAAUUCAUGAAGUCGACAGCCGCCCUGAGUUCAGAAUAGUCGUUCAGGAAAGGGGUGAGCCUGAUCUCGAGCUGAAAGACACCACGCCAAAGGGCGUAUGGCUCAAAAUACUCGAACCUAUGGCCGAACUCAGGCGGUCUGACAAUCUGGUUCAACUUUUUACAAAAUUCAUCUCAGGUGAAGAUCUUUUCGGCCUCACAGAACCUGCUAUUGUCAAAGUCUUGGAGAGCCUACCAGGUGUGGAAACCCUGACAGAUUAUAAGUUCAAGUAUGGGCGAAAUCCUUUACUCGAACUUCCGCUGGCCAUUAAUCCGACAGGAUGCGCACGCUCCGAGGGUAAACCCAAGGGUCAGGGUUUGUGGAAGCGGGCUCACACGCAAAGGACAUGCUCGGCGUCUUCAAGACCAGCACUCGCUCCGUCCACUCCUCAAUCGGGAGAACCCUCAUGUCCUUACUCGAAGCAAUUUGUCCACUCUAAAUCAUCGCAGUACAAAAAAAUGAAGCAGGAGUGGCGGAACAACGUUUAUUUAGCAAGAUCGAAAAUACAAGGGCUAGGGCUGUAUGCAGCAAGAGAUUUAGAGAAGCACACUAUGGUUAUCGAAUACAUUGGGGAGAUAAUUAGAACAGAACUGGCCGAAACAAGAGAGAAACAAUACGAAGCAAAGAACCGAGGAAUCUACAUGUUCCGAUUAGAUGAAGAAAGGGUGGUGGAUGCUACCUUGAGCGGUGGACUGGCGAGGUACAUCAACCACUCCUGCAGUCCUAACUGCGUUGCAGAAACCGUGGAAGUCGAAAGAGACCUGCGUAUAAUUAUAUUUACAAAACGAAGAAUUAGCAGAGGAGAAGAACUUGCGUACGAUUACAAAUUUGAUAUAGAAGAUGAUCAGCAUAAAAUCCCAUGCAUGUGUGGAGCGCCGAAUUGUCGGAAAUGGAUGAACUAAAUAUAUAGUUAGCCCCAGUCCUCUUGCCCGAGAGUUCAAAUAAUUAUAAGUAGGAAAAUUUGUAAAAAUGUUUUUAUGUAAAAAUAAUGUCUAUAAAUUGUACAUAUUAUAUACUUUAAACUAUUAAAACAAAAAGAAAGAAAAAAAGAAGAAAACAGACAUUUGUAUAAAACGUUUAUAUUGUGAUAGUUGUAAAAAAAAAAGCUUUUAAUUAAAAAUAUAUAUAAAUAUAUAAAUGUAUAUUAUAAAAAAAUAAACAAAUUAUAUAAGCACUCACUAAGAGAGAAAAUAUUUUAGAUUUUUUUAAUUGCAUGUAACAAAAGCUAUAUACAUGCUAGUGCCUAAAUGAUGAAAAGAUACAAAAUUUCAAAAGGAAUCAUGUGUCAUUUAUCAUAAAAAUGUCAUGAUAGCCUUAAAUUUUAUGUUACUUUUACAUUUUUUCCAUGAAAAGCUUUUAUAUUAAUAAAAAGAAUAUUAUUAGUUAAAAAAUCUAUAAAGUGAUUCUUAUAGUACAAUUGGUUUUAUAUGUAUGUAAAUGUGUGUAUGUGAGUCAGUGUGUAAAUUAUAUACAUAUAUAAAUAUAUUUGUGUAAAGUUUUCAAAUUAAAUAAUAAAAAAAGGGUCCAAUAAUGACUUUAUAAUUGCACCAACAUGAAAUUUAUUGUUUCUUGUAAAAUAAAAUAUUAAAAAAUUAAUAAAAUUAUUAUUUUAUUUGUAUGGUUUUUAUUUUUAUUUUGAACACACUUCGUAUUGAGUUUUAAAAUGUUUGUAUAUACAGGCACUAUCUAGUCCUUUAAACUACAAAUUAAUAACUCAUGUUAUACAGAAAGAUUCCUCAAGACUAUCUUAUAUUUUUUAUAGAUUAAGUAAAUGUAUUAUAUACUGUAAUUACGGAAAACGGAAAUCCAAUAAAUAAAAUAAUUCAUCAUUUAAAAAGAAAAAUAUAUAAUAUAUAUAAAUAUCAAUUUUUAUAGCUUCUGACAAGAAAGGUUGUAAUUAAAUAAUUAACAAUUUGUAAUUAUGUUGACUAAUAAUAGGGUGUUUAGUGUUUAUGUACAUUUAUAUUUUGUGUAAUGUCAUUGUCUUUGUAAUAUUUAAGAUAAUGUACAACAUAAUAGUUUAUAACUUUAAAAAAAGUUUAUUGUUUCACUUUCUUUGUUUUGAAAUAAAUCGUGUGUAUUUUUUAUGUUGUAAAUAACAGAAACAGUUACCGUAAUUUAGGAUAAAAUGACAUCCCUUAAAACUGGAAUAUUUUUUUUAUCAAUGGAAAUUGAACUUUUUUUUCUAAUUAUUUUUUUUUUAAUAUGUAAGGAAAGGUCAGUUUGGCGACAAAAAAAAUGUGGAAUUGUUGCUUUAGUUUUGAGCAAUCAUUGUGUUCGCAAUGAAUGACGCAUUGUGCCUCCCAUAUGCUGUACUAUUUUACAGUUGUAUAAAAAGAAAAAUUUAUAUUUAGUAUUGUAUUUAGAGGAAAAACAUUAGAUAACAUUUUUGCACUACUAAGCUAUUGUGCAAGAGAAAAUUUGCAAG